AUGCAGCCUAGUACUGUUGUGAAGGAGUCUAGUGGAAGGAGUGGAGAGAAGGUGGUGUCCAGUGGAAGGAGUGGAUGCAGUGUGGAAGGUGGAGAUGGUUGGACGGAUGUCAAGAGGAAGAGUGUGAGAAGGAGUCUCUUUGAGAGUGAGUCUGCCCUGAGGGAGGAGGAGUUUCCUUCUCUUGGAUUGGAGAAGAAGACUGAGAAGAUGGGGUGGAAGGAGUUGAAGAAGAGGAGAGAGGAGGAGAAGAAGGAGAAGAAGCUGAGAGAGGAGAAGAAGAGAGAGAGGAAGUUGGAGAAGCAGAUGGAAGAGAUGGAGAUGCGGGAGGAUAAGGAGAGGAAGGAAGUGGAGAGGAAGAGAGAGGAGAGGAAGGUGUGGAAGACGAGUGUGCCAGCAGAGGUAGAUGGAUGGACUGCUGUAAAGGGCAGGAGUAAGAGAAGGAGUGAGGAGAGUUCUGGUCUCAGUGAGGAGGAGUACCCUUCCUUUGAGAAGGAGAAGACAGAGAAGGAGAAGAAGGUGUUAAAGAAGCUCUUUGAGGAGAGGAGGAGAGAGAAGUGGGCUAGGGAGGAGAAGAAGAGAGAGAAGAAGAUGGAGAAGCAGCUGGAGGAAGAGAAGAAAGAGUUGGAGAGGCAGAGAAGAAGGAGGACAGUGGAAGUGAGAGAAGGAUUACUGCUGGCUUUAAGAGAGGGAGGAAGCAGAGCAGUGAGGAGAGAGAGGUGGAGCAGAUUAUGUCAGAUAAUCUGCUGGAGCCUGAGAAGGAGAAGAGACCCCAGAGGAAGAGCAAGAAAGUGGAUACUUGUACUGAUCUCUUCCUCUGACAGUGGCAGUGAGAGAAGUAGUUCUGCUGGCUUUAGGAAGCAGAGGAGGAAGCAGAGCAGUGAGGAGAGAAAAGUGUCAGAUAUCUUUCUUUCAUCCAGCUCUUGCUCUGAUGAUGAGAAGAAGACACCUCAGAAGAUGAUUAUGUCAGAUAAUCUGCUGGAACCUGAGAAGGAGAAGAGAUCCCAGAGGAAGACUAAGAAAGUGGAUACUUUCAGAAAUUUAUCCAGCUCUUCCUCUGAUGGUGAUACCAGUUCCUCUGAAGAUGAGUACAUGGAGUCUUCAAUCAACUCCAGAUGCAAGAUGAAGACAGCCGGGAGGAGUAAGGAGAGUUCUGAUGAGGAUAGCUUGAGGGGACUGAUUGGUGGGAGACCUGAUGAUUUAGAGAACCUGGGAUACUCUAGUGAUGAUGAGAAAGCUGAGUCUUCCAGUUCUAGUCUUGAGGAUGAUGAGCCUGUUCCGGAAGAGAAUCUGAAGAAGGCAAGAAUGACUGAGAUGGAGUUGGAGAAGCAGCUGAGAAUGGCCAGAGAAGCAAGGAUUGAGCUGGAGAAGAAGAACAGACUCCAGAAGAAGGUGGGAAAGAAGAGUAGGCCUGCUGCUGAACGUAGAGUGUGAGACAGAUGUCUUCUGAG